CACAAAAGGCCUCUAAGUUCUUAGUAUUAGAAGAGGGGGAAUCAAAGAGCUUAGUAACUAAUUGUCAUUAUAAGAACUAAUACCUUCUUCAAUCAUAAUAGAAAAUAUCACAUUUCUCUGUCCUCUUCAUUUGGGUCUGCAGGGUUAUCUCUCUCUCUCUCUCUCUCCUCCCUUUAGGUUUGAAGGGGUCGAAUAAAGUUAAUUCUUCGCGAUAUCUACCACUAAUUCUGAGACCAUCGUAAAUCGACAUUGUGCACAGGAGAAAAUGGCUGAAACCCAUCCGAGCGGUCAUACUCUAAGAUCCCAUGGUGUGAAGGUGGCAAGGAUUCACAUGCACGACUGGAUUAUACUCCUGCUUCUUGUGGUGACUGAAGGCGUAUUGAACAUUAUAGAUCCCUUCUACAGGUUCGUAGGAAAAGAUAUGAUGGCUGAUCUCAAAUACCCUUUCAAGAAGAGCACCGUGCCAUUGUGGGCUAUUCCACUUAUUGCAAUUUUAUUGCCUUUCGCAAUAUUUAGCGGAAUCUAUUUCAAGAGGAGGGAUGUCUAUGAUUUGCAUCAUGCAGUACUGGGUCUUUUGUACGCGGUGCUCAUAACCGGCGUUAUAACGGACGCGAUUAAGGAUGCAGUCGGCCGACCACGACCAGACUUCUUCUGGCGUUGUUUCCCCGAUGGAAAAGAGGCUUAUGAUCUUGCAAGACAUGGAGAUGUAAUAUGUCAUGGAAAUAAGGGUGACAUUAAAGAGGGACAUAAAAGUUUUCCCAGUGGACAUUCUUCAUGGUCAUUUGCUGGUCUAGGUUUCCUAGCGUGGUAUCUUUCUGGGAAGAUCAAAGCUUUUGACAGAAAGGGCCACAUUGCAAAACUCUGCGUCGUAUUUUCUCCUAUUCUGGUUGCAGCUCUUAUUGCGGUUUCUCGGGUUAAUGAUUAUUGGCAUCACUGGCAAGAUGUAUUUGCUGGUGGACUGAUAGGAUUGGUAGUUGCUUCAUUUUGUUAUCUGCAAUUUUUCCCACCUCCUUAUGAUGCACAAGGUUGGGGACCUCAUGCAUAUUUUCGUAUGUUAGCCGACCAGCGCAGAGAUUUACAGCCAACAACACUUGGUUCCCUCAUAUCAAGGCCUCAGGAUUCAGCCGAACAUCGUGCUGAGAUGAACAUGGUGGAUUCAAGCCCAGCCCUUGACCAACUGGAAACGGGCAGGAAACUUUAAGUUUGGAUCGGCGAGUUACAUGAACAGUUGGUGAUCUUUGUUAUUGUGUAAUUAUGUUUUGAAACCCUAAUGUAACUUGAACUUGUAUGUUUAUAUUAUAUGUACACUGUAAGACCCUAAAAAAAAUUUAGUGAUGGGUUGCAAAUUGCAAUGAGCUUUUGACA